AUGGCUGGAAAAGUGGAGGCUGUCACAAUCGCCGGAUCUGUGUCCCCGGGUUUUCGGUACGCUAGCCUAAACUUCAACAUGAAUGUGAAAGGGCGCGAAUUCAACCUACUCGAGGUCGGCUAUAGACACCUACUGCUUACACCUCUCUCCUCCCAAAGCUUAUGGGAGUUGCCUUCAAGAUCAACAUUUCAGAACAGCUGGGAGAAGAUAAAUCAACACGACAACAUCAUUACGAUGGAACACCACACACCAGCCAUUUUUGCUCGCAUCAAUGGCAAUGAAGUCGCCUACACCUGGACGCCCAUGAUACCACUAAUGUUGAUGAAGGAGGCGACAAGAUGGCUUUUGCAGGUUCAACUGGAUGAAAACACAGAAUUUGUUACUUCGGGUGGGCUUUCAUUGCAAGUAUCGACUUUACUCGCGACCACAAACAGACUUUCCAAAGAACGAGCUCUACAAAAUAGCUAUCUGGAACUUGACACGAGGUUUUCGUAUGAAGUUCAGUCGAAGACCGCCUUUCUGCUGCCGACCGGUCCAGUCGGCUUCCGCACAGAUGAUCGUGUGUAUGCCAGCCUCGAUGUUGGUGUCGGCAAACAUCGUUCCGAGAACCAGUUUGACUUCAUUUACCGUGGGUCAGAUUCGAAGAAGCCCAUGUUCAAAUACGCGUAA